AUGGCCCUGGCCCACAGCCCCCGAGAGACAUUGCUCUGGGUUUUGAGUGACCUUGAGGACAAAAGCUUCAAGCUAUUCAAGUUCCACUUACGGGACAGAAGCCUGCUUGAGAGGCAGCCACAGCUGGCUCGUGGGGAGCUGGAGGACCUGAGCCGGGUGGACCUGGCUUCUUUGCUGAUUUCCCUGUAUGGAGCACAGGAGGCCUCAAAGGUGGUGCUCAGGAUCCUGAAGGUCAUGAACCUGUUGGAACUAGUGGACCAGCUCAGCCACAUCUGUCUGAAUGAUUACAGAGAAAUAUACCGAGAGCAUGUGCGUGGCCUGGAGGAGAGGCAAGAGGAGGGACCCUGCGGCAGCCACAGCCAGCUGCUCCUCGUGGCCAGGCCUAGCCAGGAGAGCCCAGAAUCGUCUGCCCUCCCCGUUCUGGAGCAAGAGCUGGACUCCGUGUCGCUGCAGGCUCUGUUUGAUCCAGGAGAAAGGCCUUACCAAGCCCCGCCCACAGUGGUACUACAGGGGUCUGCUGGCACUGGAAAGACAACACUGGCCAGAAAAAUGGUGCUGGACUGGGCCACUGGCACCCUUUACCAAGGCCGGUUUGAUUAUGUCUUUUAUGUCAGCUGCAGAGAAGUGGUCCUGUUGCAGGAGGGCAGACUGAACCAGCUCCUCUUGUGGUGUUGUGGGGACAACCAGGCACCUGUGGAUGAGAUGUUGAGGGAGCCAGAGCGGCUGCUGUUCAUCCUGGACGGCUUUGAUGAGCUGCAGAGGCCCUUUGCAAAGGGCUUGAAGAGGCUGAGUCCGUGCCCCAUGGGGGAAAUCCUGCACCGUCUAAUUAGGAGAGAGAUGCUUUCCACGUCUUCACUUCUUAUCACCACCCGGCCCCUGGCUUUGCCGAAUCUGAAGCCCUUGCUGAAACAGUCGCAUCAUAUUCACAUCCUAGGCUUUUCUGAGGAUGAGAGGAGGAAGUAUUUCAGCUCCUAUUUCACGGAUGAGAAGCAAGCCAGAAAUGCCUUUGACAUUGUACAAGGGAAUGAUAUUCUCUACAAAUCAUGUCAGAUUCCAGGCAUCUGUUGGGUGGUCUGCUCCUGGUUGAAGGAGCAGAUGGAGAAGGGCAGGGAGAUCUCAGAGACUCCCAGUAAUGGCACAGACAUCUUCAUGGCCUAUGUCUCUACCUUCCUGCCGCCCAGUGACAACGGAGGCGGCUCUGAGCUUACCCGGCACAGGGUCCUGAUGGGUCUGUGCUCCUUAGCAGCUGAGGGGAUCCAGCACCAGAGGUUCAUGUUUGAAGAAGCUGACCUCAGGAAGUACAAUUUAGAUGGGACCAGGCUUGAUGCUUUCCUGAGCAGCAUGGAUUACCAAGAGGGAUUUGACAUCAAGAAGUUCUAUACCUUCCGCCACAUUAGUUUCCAGGAAUUUUUUUAUGCCAUGUCCUACCUGGUGAAAGAGGACCAGAGUCAGCUGGGGAAAGAGUCCCACAGAAAAGUAAACAGCCUUCUGGAUGAAGAGGGGCAGGCAGGGAACGAGGAGAUGACCCUCAGUACACGGUUUUUAUUGGACAUAUCGAGAAAAGAGACCUCCUCGAACUUUGAGCUAAAGUUCUCCCUCAAAAUUUCUCCCUCGGUACAGCAGGAUCUGAAGAAUUUUAAAGAAAAAAUGGAAUCUAUAAAAUGUAACAGGGCCUGGGAUUUGGAAUUAUCUCUGUAUAAGUCUAAAAUAAAGAAUCUGGUAAAGGGCGUUCAGAUGAGCGAUGUAUCGUUUAAGAUGGAACAUUCAAAUAAAAAGAAAUCCCAUGGCAAGAACUCAUUUUCUGUCAAAACCAGCUUGAGCAAUGGAUGGAAAGAAAAGCAAAAAUGUCCUUGUGACAAUAAUAUAGCAAAGGCUCAAGAGAAGUCUUCUAAUGGAAAAGGCAGAGAGGCAGAGGAAUGAACGACGUGGCGGGUAGGAGCAGCAUUUAUCUGGGAAGCAGAUAGAACUGAAGGGUUGGGAAGGUGGUGGGGGUAGGGACCGGAGGAUAGGGGAAGACAGGGUGUAAAAAGGAAUGGACAGAUGAGAGAUUACACUAAUGGGUACUAGGAGUGGAAAAGCAGAGGAACAAAUCGAAAAUAACAUUGGAUAAUAGGGGAUCAGAAAACUUGGAACAUAAGAUGUGGGGAAAGUCCAUGUGGAAUGAGUUCCCAGGAACAACCACAUUUACCAUCAAUGGCUCAAAAUCAGUUAUUUAAAAUCUCCUCCUCCUAGAGGCUGUUUAUAACCUCCUAUACUGUAGAGUUUCAGUAACCCCUCUUAUGUAUCAAUGU